CGUGGACUGGCUGGCGCUUUCUCUCUCUCUCUCUCACAAACACUCAACCACUUUCACACACAUUUUACUGAAAAGCACCCUCCUUUAAAAACCAGAAAAAUCAAAGCAGCUACCUUUUCUCUUACUUCCCAUUAUCAGAACUUUUAUGUCUGGUUGCUUUUCCGCGGCCACUUUACUACGAGUCUCCACCACAAGCAUUAGAUUUGUUGUUUCUUUUUUCUUUCCUUGUUUUGGGGGUGUGGGAGGGAUUGGUGUUCCCUUUCUUUGCUGUUUGGCACUGAUAGUGAUGUUCCAUUCAUUCAUUCUUGACCCACAUUACUAUCAGCAUCAAAUCUACAAUUACCUUCUCUGCACUUUUCAAGCAGCUUAUAUAUUCGAGUUUUGCUUACAACCCUUAUGUGCGUCCUGUUUGUUUGAAGAUUUGGAGUUGUCAAGGCUCACCUUAGUGACCUUGGUAAUGAUCUAACUUGUUGUAAAGCCUGGUUCUUUGUCUACAACUUUGAGAUUUGGUAUUAUUGCUUAAGCAUUCAAGAAAGUGGAACCAUGGAAGAGACAUUUGUACCAUUUCGGGGAAUCAGGAAUGAUCUUCAAGGGAGAUUGAUGUGUUACAAGCAAGACUGGACUGGUGGUUUGAAGGCAGGCUUCAGGAUUUUGGCCCCCACCACUUACAUAUUCUUUGCAUCAGCCAUUCCAGUUAUUUCAUUUGGUGAACAAUUAGAAAGAGAUACAGAUGGGGUUCUCACAGCAGUUCAGACGUUAGCAUCUACUGCUUUAUGUGGAAUUAUACACUCGAUCCUUGGGGGUCAGCCUUUGCUGAUUCUCGGAGUUGCAGAGCCAACUGUGAUUAUGUACACAUUUAUGUUCAAUUUCGCCAAAAAUAGACCGGAUUUGGGAUCAAAGCUCUUUUUAGCAUGGACUGGAUGGGUGUGCGUCUGGACUGCAAUAUUGCUGUUCCUGCUGGCUAUAUUAGGGGCUUGCUCCAUUAUAAACAGAUUCACUCGUCUUGCAGGAGAGUUAUUUGGCCUUCUCAUUGCAAUGCUUUUCAUGCAGGAAGCUAUUAAAGGACUAGUUCAUGAAUUUCGCAUACCUGAAAGAGAAAACCCAAAGUCAGUUCAAUUUCAACCUUCAUGGAGAUUUGCAAAUGGGAUGUUUGCUUUGGUUUUGUCAUUUGGCCUUCUACUUACUUCUUUAAAAAGCAGAAAAGCAAGGUCUUGGCGGUAUGGGUCUGGGUCGCUCCGUGGUUUUGUCGCAGAUUAUGGUGUUCCAUUGAUGGUGUUGAUCUGGUCUGCUGUUUCCUAUAUACCUGCUGGAAAUGUUCCAAAAGGAAUUCCAAGGCGCCUCUUCAGUCCAAAUCCAUGGUCACCAGGAGCAUACGAGAAUUGGACUGUCAUCAAGGACAUGCUAAGUGUUCCAGUGAUUUAUAUAAUUGGAGCUUUCAUUCCAGCAACAAUGAUUGCAGUGCUGUACUAUUUUGACCACAGUGUAGCUUCCCAACUUGCUCAGCAGAAAGAAUUCAAUUUGAGAAAACCACCUUCGUUCCAUUAUGAUCUACUUCUCUUAGGGUUCAUGGUCAUAAUAUGUGGUCUCAUAGGCAUUCCCCCAUCCAAUGGUGUCAUACCACAAUCUCCAAUGCAUACGAAAAGCUUGGCCACACUGAAGCACCAGUUAUUACGCAAUCGACUUGUAGCGACAGCAAGGAGAUGUAUGAAAAACAAUGCCAGCUUGGGACAAGUAUAUGGAAGCAUGCAACAAGCAUAUCAACAGAUGCAAACCCCACUAACAUACCAGGAACCUUCAGCUCGGGGAUUAAAGGAAUUGAAGGAUUCAACUUUUCAAAUGGCUUCAAGCAUGGGGAACAUAAAUGCUCCAGUUGAUGAGACAGUGUUUGAUGUUGAGAAAGAGAUUGAUGAUUUAUUGCCUGUGGAGGUGAAAGAACAGCGGCUCAGCAACUUGCUUCAAGCUACUUUUGUAGGAGGAUGUGUUGCAGCCAUGCCUUUUCUUAAAAUGAUCCCUACAUCGGUACUCUGGGGUUAUUUUGCCUUUAUGGCUGUUGAGAGCUUACCAGGUAACCAAUGUUGGGAGAGGAUUCUACUGCUUUUCACAGCCCCAAGUAGAAGAUACAAAGUACUUGAGGAAUACCACGCCACUUUUGUCGAAACAGUACCGUUCAAGACAAUUGCAGCAUUCACAAUUUUCCAAACUGCUUACUUGUUUGUAUGCUUUGGAAUUACAUGGAUUCCUAUUGCUGGGGUUCUUUUCCCAUUAAUGAUCAUGUUUCUGGUUCCUGUUAGACAAUACGUUUUGCCCAAGUUCUUCAAAGGGGCACACCUUCAAGAUUUAGAUGCUGCAGAGUAUGAAGAGGCACCUGCUUUACCAUUCAACCUUGCAACUGAGCGGGAGAUGAGUAGGCAAGCUUCAUUUGCAGAUGAUGGAGAGAUUUUAGAUGGGAUAGUUACUAGAAGCCGGGGCGAGAUCAGGCAUAUCUGCAGUCCUAGAAUGGCAAGUUCAGCUACAACACCAUCCAAGGAAUUCAAAAGUAUACAGAGCCCACUGUUCUCAGAUAAGAUAUACAGUCCUCGUUUAAGUGAGCUGAGAGGUGAGCCAAGUCCUCAGAAUGGUGGAAACGGUCAAUUUAGUCCAACGACUGGAGAAGCAAGAUCAUCUAAUCUUGCGAAGAGUGGUUGAACCUUAGAAGUUAGAACUUAGAUAAAAAUGGAGCAAGUAUUACCUGCAAAUUAUAGUCAAAGUACUUCAGAGUAAUGGGGGUUUGGUUUUGUGAACAUGCAGGAAAUCUGCAAUGGCAUUUCCCCAUCUUCUACUUAAGUUAAUUCUAAAUGUGGCAAUUUGUUGUAAAGUGAUCUAAUUCUGUGAAAUGUAUUGAUUGGAGGAGAUUUGUAAGUUGUAA